AUGAUACCUCCUACUGCGUUGCUCGGUUUUUUCUUACGAACCUUCGACUGUCUUUCCUUGUUGAUUUCCUCGGAGUUUUGUCUGAAGUGGCUGUUCACCCUCCCCGCAUCACGCUCUUGCUCAAUGACGCGCCGUGUCGCGUCUCAUUGA